AUGAAACAAGUCGGCAACAUCUACGUGAUUUCGGCCGUCGCCGUCGUCGGCGGCGGCCUAUUUGGCUUCGACAUCGCAUCCAUGUCGGCGCAGCUGACGGAAAACUCGUACAAGUGCUACUUCAACCAAGGCCCUGACGGCCCUCCGUUCAAUGACAAACCGAACUGCACGGGCCCGACGUCCACGGUGCAGGGUGGGAUCACAGCCGCUAUGGCGGCCGGCUCCUGGCUCGGAGCCCUGAUCUCAGGCCCGCUGUCGGAUCACCUAGGCCGCAAGACUUCGAUCAUGAUCGGGUGUCUGAUCUGGGUCAUCGGUUCAACUUUGAUCUGCGCCUCGCAGAACAUCAGCAUGCUCAUCGUGGGCCGUAUCAUCAACGGUCUGAGUGUGGGUAUCGAAUCCGCCCAGGUGCCCGUGCCGGCCGCCUGGCGGGUUCCCUGGGCGCUGCAGAUGAUCCCGGCCAUCCUGCUCUUCUUUGCCAUGUUCCUUCUCCCCGAGUCCCCCCGCUGGCUGGCGCGAAAGGAUCGGUGGGAGGAGUGUCAGCAGGUGUUGACGAUGGUGCACGCCCGGGGUGAACCUAACCACCCCUUCAUCGCCAUCGAGUUGCAAGAUAUCCGAGACAUGUGCGAAAUCGAGCGGCAGUUCAAGCACGUCACCUAUCUCGAUCUCUUCAAGCCACAGAUGCUGAACCGCACGCUCAUCGGUCUAUUCACGCAGAUCUGGUCUCAGCUGACCGGCAUGAACGUCAUGAUGUACUACAUCGGCUACGUAUUCGGCAUGGCGGGCUAUUCUGGUAACUCGGGCAUCCUGUCGUCGUCGAUCCAGUAUGUUAUCAACGUUGUGAUGACCCUCCCGGCCCUGAUCUGGCAGGAUCGUUGGGGUCGGCGUCCCACGAUGCUGGUCGGCGCGUUCUUCAUGACCAUCUUCAUGUUCGCCAACGCUGGCAUCAUGGGCUCCCAUGGGGUUGUCGUCCCCGGCGGGAUUGAUAGUACCCCGGAAGAGUCGAUGCGGCUGACGGGCUCGGCGGCCUCGGGUCUGAUUGCCUGCACCUACCUGUUUGUCGCGUCGUACGCCCCGACCUGGGGGCCGGCGUCGUGGACCUACCCGCCCGAGCUGUUCCCGCUGCGGCUGCGUAGUCAGGGCGUGGCGCUGUCGACCUCGGGCAACUGGGUGUUCAACAUGGCGUUGGGUCUCUUCACUCCGCCGGCGUUCACGAAUAUCAUGUGGAAGACCUAUCUGAUCUUCGGCUGCUUCAACGCGGCCAUGUUCAUCCACGUGUACUUCAUCUUCCCCGAAACCGCGGGCAAGACCCUAGAAGAGACGGAGUUGAUGUUCGAGGACCCGAACGGGAUCCAGUACCUGGGCACGCCCGCCUGGAAGACUCACGUCAAGACCCGGGAGACGAUCGCCAUGGAGCAUGGCGACCUGGAGGCGGCCAAGGCGCACAACCCGGUGGUCGUCGAGGAAGUGACGGCGGCGCGAACCUCGACCACCGAGAGGGCUGCCGAGGAGCCGGCUACGGAGAAGAUGACGGCGAAGGAGGAGCCUACGGUUAUGUCUUCCGUGGAUGGAACAGGAACUGUACCUGGGCCGACCAUGGAUGCAUGUCCACCGGGGCCCACGAAUCAGGUGACCCUCUCCAAAUCAGCCUCUUCGCCGGGUCUCGUUCUUGCUUUUCUCUGCUGCGUCAUGCUGCCAAUGCCCACUUCUUGGCGUCGAUCUCGUUCCUUCCUUGUCGUUGCUUUUCGUUCUUUUCUCAUUCGUCUUUCCCCCCCCUCCAUCUUCCAUUCGUUCGCCGCAAUUCCGUCUCCCCUGAAUAAUCAGAACCAUGACCCUCCAACUUGGAGCCCUUUUCGACGGUUAAAUCGGCAAUGCCCUGCGAUCCGCGUUGCUCUGUCCCCCUGUGUGCGCCGUCGGGGCCCGUUCACCCAGCAUGUUCGUCGAGGGCGACAAGUUACUGCGCAGGCCCUGGGCGCAAUGGAUCCGUCUCACCUGGUCCCUCGUCGCACCUCCCGCCCGCAGCGACCGCCAGGGCUGGCGCCCGGUGGCCCUGCGGCCGCCGUAUCUCGCCGCACUAGCCUGCUUCACACUCACCAUGCUGCUGGCCUUGGAAGGCCUUCGCCAGUACAGCGAUCGGGAAGGGGGUUGGCAUUCUUUCCGGACACCGAUGAAGUCUCCGCCCUGCAAUCGUUCGGCUACAACUACGUCCCGAUCAUUGUCGCCCUCGUGCUCUUCAUGAUCUGGACCGUCACCGACUUCGACGUGCUCCGACUCGAACCCUAUUUCCAGUUGUCACAGCCACACGGGGCGCCGGCCAGUGUGCUAUUUAUCAACUACACCUUCGGACAGACCAUCCUCACCCCGAUCAAUGCGGCGCGGCGCCAUCAUUGGGUUGUGCUCUGGGUCUCCUUGAUGACCGUGCUGAUUCGCAUGAUUCUUCCAGCCCUGCAAAGCACAGUUUUCGAACUCCGGGAAGUGACGGUCGUCCAGCGGGAGACGAUGCGCAGCUGGCCUCAUCUGGUCGACCUGGCCACUCAGGCAACCUGGAUGUCCGUUCAAGCCAACAAUACAGUCGACUCGGUGCUGUCUUCGGAUGAGAACCUACGCCGAUCUCGCUCCGCCAAUUUCGCGAUUGCACCCGUGGAAAUCCCCGCCACCGCAGAGUCGGAAACCACUCUGUGGUCUCUCGAUCAGACCUUGUACUGGGCCCAGCUCAAAUGCCGCGACGUGAAGGUAGAUGACAAACUCUCGGUGACGAUCCACAAGCCCCAAAAUGGAUACCCUAGCGUGUCGUGGAACGCCACUGGCAUCGCUCUGCAAGACGAGAAUGGAGAUUCUACCCGGUGCAAACUGGACUUCCACUAUGACACUGUUUUCUUUCCCGAGACCGACUACCUGCAGGUGCGCUACUGGGAGCCUGUCAUCACCAAUGUCACACGGGCCGAAUAUCCAAACCGGAGACACGCUUUCUCAUCUUCCGGAUGUGAUCCGUACGAUCUUUAUGGCAUGAUCAUUGCCAUCAAUGUCUCGCAUCCUGAUUCCGCUGCUGCCCAAUACGGUGCGACGGGUGUUGCCUUUGCCUGCGAUGUCACCUACCAUGAAGCGGAGGCUCAGGUUUCCAUGCAUUCAAAUAGCUCCAUCACAGGAAUACAGGUUGAUCAUGCUACCUCUCGGACGCUGACGGCCUCCCAGUUCAACAUCGAGCAUUUCCAGGCUCUCUUAUCCCAACGCUCGCCGUAUACCAGUGACAUGCUCUUCAUCAGCGACAAUAAGACAACGGGCAGUCGCACCGUCACAGAACUGCCCGUCAUCAGCGAGGAAUUGGGAGACCUGCAGCCGCUAUUGGUGCUGGAUACCUCUACUGUCAUGACCCAAGCCCAAUUUAAGGCUAGGAUUAAUCGUGAUGUGAAACAAACAUUUGUGCUCACCCUCGGCCGACUGUUUGAUCCCGACCGCACCCCGACAAUCGUGCCUGCACGUCGCAUUUCAGAUCAAGUCGCCAUCGCUGUCGUACGCUUUGCAGCGUUGGGUUCUGAGUUCAUUCUGGGGCUCGCAACCCUCACCGCGCUAUAUCUGCUCCUUCUGUACCGGUCGCGGGAAACCUUUCUCCAGAGUGAUCCAGGAUCCAUUGGUGCCAUGUGCAGUAUCGCAGCCGAUAUCUUUCAUCCGAGCAACAUUUUGGCAGAACCGCAGUUAGAAUUUCAUCAAUUCUCCACGAGACAACUACGACGCAUCUUCCGGAACGCCCGUUGCUACUGGCGGCCUGGGCCCACUGGAAACCGUAUGGAGAUACUCGCAGAAGAUGGCUCCCCUGUUCAACUCAAUGGCGAGGACCUACAAAUACGCGUCGACCCCAUGCCACACUUCCUUGUUAUCCCCUUCUUUAUUGUCGAGUGUCUGGCCCUUGCGGCCGUCAUCAUUCUCAUGGGACUAGUCAUAUCUUCUCUCCUUCGGGAUGGCCGAUUCCGGCAUUUAACGCAGUCCGACUCAAGCACCUUCCAAAUCAUCCUCUCCUUUCUUCCUUCGGUAGUAGCGUCCUCUGUGAGUUCGCUAUGCACAUCCAUCUACCGCAACCUAAGUGUCCUCGAACCAUGGGUUCACCUUCAACGAGGCAUGGCCUCGGCACGGGCGUCAUUGUCACUUAAUUAUUCCUCUCAAAGCCCGUUUGCUGUCUUCUUCAAGGCUGUACGACACCGUCACGUGUUGCUGGGGCUGGUCUCCCUUAUUUGUAUCAUCAACAUGGUCUUGACGGUCGUCGCCGGUGGGCUGUUCACACAGCAGCUUACGGCUUCCACUCUUCCCACCGGAGAAUUAUCGACAAACUAUAGCCAGUCCACCUUUUGGCAGACCGACUUUGCUGCCGAGUUCACCGAAUAUGACCUCAUUCAGACUAGCAUCACGAGCGGCGUCCCCAUGCUGUCGUGGACGAGCCCCAACCAGUCUUUCAUUCCUGUCGCCAUGCGCGACCCGGACCCUGAUAUUGUCUACGGGGCGUCGACCCUUGGCAUUGGGACAGUGCUGCAGUGUCAACCUCUGUCCCCAGCUGAAGCUCUCGUCCGCAACAAAGAUGAUGUGCAUCAAUAUUGGCAGUACACACUGUUUGAGGAUCCUUCUGUGCAAUGCAAUGCAAGUAUGCCCACCCUCCGGAGCAAGGACGAAGGAAUUGCACUGUCCAUUCAUUUCCUGUCUCCGAGCGACAUGAAUGAUUCGGAUCGGUGCCAGACCUCCACUGUGCUGGUGGUCGGACGUUGGGAUUACCGGGCCGAUACUCCAAUUACCGACCAGAACACCAUUGCGCUGCACUGUGAACCUCAAAUCCAGUUGCAAAAUUUCACCAUCAGUUUCGAUCAGCGGGGUCAGAUCGAAAGCAGUAAACCCGUGGCAAACUCUUCAAUCACAUCGGGUACUAUGUUUGACAAUGCCACCGUGAGUCUGGGCCAGUUCAACAAAGUUUUCGCCGCUAUCCCUCAGAGUUUCGUGGGCAACACCACCUCUGAAAACGGGAGCUACAAUAUCUCUUCCUAUGACUGGGCGGGUUUCUUGGUUGCGCGUCUCUAUGAACGGGACGAUCCAGGCCUUGGGUACCUGCACACUGAGCGUCUGAUGGAUCUAACUCAGACAGUGUACCAGUGGGUGUACAGUACCUACUUCUCGAUUUGGCGUGAUAUCUAUCUUGAGUUCCUCCCCGAACCACUACCAGUCGCCAAUGCAACGGUGACUCGCAGCACCUGGUGUAUGGUACCCUCGGUUCCGUCUCUCGCAAUCGCUCUCCUUAUCAUCGCACUCGACACUUUGGUGGUGCUAAUCGUCUUUGGGACUCGUCGCGGGCGGUUCCGUGGACCUCGAUUGCCGCGUUCCAUCGGGGCUGUGAUACCCUGGGUUGCGCACAGUCGGAUGCUCAGUGAUUUCCAGAAAACACACACGUGGAGCAACAGUCAAAGGCGCGCUCACCUCUCCACCCUCAAUAAGCGAUAUGGGUUUCGUAUGUUUAUGGGUGCAGAUGCCCGGUGGCGUUUCGCCGUGGACGAAGAACCACCAAGCCCCAAGCCGCCUGGUGACCCGCCUGGUAAUCAGGCGCCGGAUAGCGCUAAAACCACGUCCGUCCAGCUGCAGGAGCUUCCUCAGCCCCAUGAUCCGCUUUAG